CAUACUCACUCACUCGCUCAUCGUCAACCUCAGAUCAUAGACCGAAUCUGUUUCACCCCCUCUCAAAACCGGAUGCUCUGAAUGCCCUGCUUUUUCAUAAUUAUGAGAAGGGUAUUGGUAUAACCAUAUUUAAUUCGGUCUGAUUCGGUCUGCUAUCUAAUCUCGCAUUGGCUUGGUUGAGAUGUCUGCUUUAUUGCUGUGUGCACGAGGAGCGUUAACACGGACACCUCCAAGCCGUCUCACCAGCCCUUUGAUCUCGUCACGUGCUUCAAUAACGACACUUCCUACCAACGUUUCCUCCUUUCUUGGUUUGAAGCCGGAGGAGCCUGUCGACGACGUCAAGGUGGACGGCUAUGUGCGAUCUGUUCGCGCUCAGAAACACUACCAUUUCGUCACAGUCGGAGAUGGCUCGUCCCUCGAAUCGCUGCAAGCGGUAGUGCCUGCUGAGCAAGCAGAAGGCUUGACCAUCGGUGCGGCCGUUCGGCUGAACGGCUCCUGGGCUCCAUCUCAGGGUCGAGGUCAGAGUCAUGAGCUGAAGGUGUCACGAGCCGCUAUUUUGGGCCCUUCUGAUGCGAAGACAUUUCCAAUACAAAAGAAAUAUCAGACAUCCGAGUUCCUGAGAACUCUACCUCAUCUCCGCCCACGAAUUCCGUUCAAUUCGACUGUCUUACGCUUCCGCUCCGAAUUAAUCGCAUCCUUAACGAAUUUCUUCAACAGUCGCCAGUUUGUCCAGACCCACACGCCAAUACUGACUGCCUCAGACUGCGAGGGUGCUGGCGAGGUGUUCCAAAUCGUGACUGAGAAUGAGCGAAACGCGUCAGCCGCCAACCCAGUGAAACCCUUUUUUCGACGAAAUGUUUAUACGACAGUGUCAUCUCAGCUGCACUUAGAGGCCUUAGCACAGGCGCUUGGUAAUGUGUGGACGCUCUCGCCAACUUUCCGAGCGGAACAGAGUGAUACACCACGGCACCUAAGCGAAUUUUACAUGUUGGAGGCCGAACUCAGCUUCACAGACAGUCCAGAUGCUGUCAUGGAUCUACUUGAAGACAUGCUGAGGCAUGCUACUUCCAAUUUGGCUGACUCCAAGGUCGUUCGUGAGCUUCUCAGCACACCCAGUGAACGAUCUCCAGAUCUAGCCCCAGCUGAGCAGGUGACUCAGCGGUGGCAUGGACUUACUCAGGAUAAGUGGCCACGCAUAACAUAUACAGAGGCAAUCAACUUACUCGAAGCCGCUGAUGUAUCCUUUACUCAUAAGCCUAGAUGGGGUAAAGACCUGCACACAGAGCAUGAAAAGUAUAUCGCCACCAAAGUAGGCAAAAGUUGCAGUCCAGUUUUCGUCACUCAUUAUCCUCGUGACAUCAAACCAUUCUAUAUGAAGGAAGGGGAUAUGGGUAGUACCACUCCAUCACCUGGCGCUACAGUUGAGUGCUUCGACCUUCUCGUACCGGAAUUCUGCGAAAUUGCUGGAGGCUCAAUGCGUGAACACCGGCUAGAGAAUUUGGUUGAGGCCAUGCACGCGCGCGGCCUAAGUACCAAACCUUCCGAGCCCAGUUCCGCAAAUUCGCAAGAACCCGUAAAUAAUCUUGACUGGUACCUCGACUUACGGCGCUGGGGUUGUCCACCGCACGGCGGCUUUGGCUUGGGUUUCGACCGCUUGAUGUGUUACCUUACGGGCGUUCAGACAAUACAUGACACAGCCGCCUUCCCUCGGUGGUAUGGCCGGUGCGAUUGUUGAAAGGCUAGCCUUGUGAUACAGGAUACUGCUCGUUAAGCCCUACCUCUCUGGGAUUGAGUUACCCGCUUGUACAACCAUCAUACCAAACAAGACCAAUUUUGCCUCACGUGAAUCCCCAAAAUGAAAUGAUACGGCUUAGUUGCCGAAUCCGUCUCGACAAACCAAGACAAGUUCUAUCUUGUGUUUCAUCACACGAUUAAGAUGACUCCUACUCUACCACUUCCAGAGUUAAUGUAUUACAGUAGCUUCUCUGCUUAUUAGACUUGGAACCGGCCAGAGUUAGUUCAUAUGACUGACAAGCUGACU